CCAAAUGUCAUUGUCAAAAUCAAAAUAUAACCCCGAAGCGAAUUUCGCAUGCGUAUUUAACUUUGUAAAUAAAUAUUAAUUGCAUUUAUCUCGGAAAAAAGUGUUAUAAAAGAAAUGGUGACCUAAACAAUAGCUGUACUAAUGUAGUCAACAUAGUUCAUACCUAUAAUAUUAAACCUUGAACAAAAGCGCGGGGUUUUGGUUAUUUCUUUUUGUUCCCAAAUCGCAAAUCAAUUUCUUCAACAAAAUGGAAGGCAAGAAGAUAUCUUUCGGAUUUCUGAAAACGAAAAAGCAAGACAAACCGAUUACUGCUGACAAAAAAGAAUACAUUGAAUGCGUUGAAGAAAAGGCCAUCAAAGUUGUUGGAGGUGGGGUGAUAGAAGAAACCAAGCCACUGGUUAUACCCAUGAAACCAAAUACACUGAUCACAGCAGAAAAACUAAAGGAAAUAGCAGAAAAAGUUGAAAACUUCGAUGAACCAGAAGUGAAGAUUGAAAAGGAGGAAGAAAACACAGUACCAGAGAAUGAAACCUUGGAUCAGAUGGCGAUUAGAGAGUUGGUGGAGGGAGCAAAGAAAAUUAAGAAAGAAAAUGAUACUGAAAAGUUAGUAGUGCCAAUCAAUUCCAAACCAAUAAUGGAUGGCCAAGCUGAGGCAACUCUGGAUGACUAUGAAUCGGUUCCUAUACAAGAUUUUGGGCUGGCGAUGCUACGUGGUAUGGGCUGGACGCCGGGUCAAGAUCAAUCUAAAUACAAACCACCACAGCUACGUCCGAAAGGUCUCGGCCUAGGCGCCGACAAAGUGAUCAAGGAGAAAGAAAAAAGCAAAUCGUCCAGAGACAAGGAAGAAGAGCUGUCUAUAGUGAAAAAUUCCUUUGUUAAAAUCACUACUGGGAAAUACAGUGGAUUGUAUGGCAAGGUGGUAAGCUUAGAUGAAGAAAACGGGCGUGUAAUGGUCGACAUUACAAUGAAAAAGGAAACAGUCAGCCUCAGUGAGUUCAUGAUGCAAGCAGUCACAAAAUCCGAGUAUGAUAAGCAGUCGAAAGUUAUCAACUCGGAGUCCUACGAAGAGUAUAAGAAGAAAGAAACACUCAAUAGUUCCAAAAGUCACAAUUCAAAAACAGUAGAAACGAGAAAAGAAGGAACAUCGAGUAAAAAGUCAAAUGAAACCCGCGAAAAAGAGCAUACGGAAAUACGAGAAGACAGACUUAAUAAUGAUGAAAAAUACUCAAACGGAAGUAAUAGAAGUAAAGAGAAGGAGAGAUAUAGGAAAGAGUCUUCUAGCAGCGAAGAAGAACGGAGUCGUCACCGAAAGAAGAAUAAAAAGAAAUAUAGUAGUAAUGAAUCUUUAACCUCAGAAUCUGAUCAUAGACACAAAUCAAUUGAUAGAAGAAGAGAUAGCAGUAGCGAUUCAGAUAAAAAUCACCGUAAGAAAGAGAAAAGUCACAGAAGUAAAUCUUCUAAAGAAAAACGAGACAUAGACAAAAAGAGAAAAGGGAAGAAGAAGAAACGAGAUCGGGAUCGAUCGCCGAACUAUAAGAAACAUAGGAAAUAAGUGUAAAUAAUAAAAUUAAUAAUUAUUUUUUUUACAUUAUGUGGUACAAUAAUAAUCUUUUUUUUUUCAAUAAAAACUUUCAAUGUAAAUAUUUAUGUUAUUUGACAUAAAGUAUCCACU